GUGGCCGAGCCCGGCGGGUUGUUGGCGGCGGCGCAGGGUGCCGGAGCCCGAGGGGCAGGGGCGGGCCGGGUUGCCGCCAUGGCCGGGAGUCGGGACAUGUUCGACGCCAUCGUGAUGGCGGAUGAGAGGUUUCAUGAGGAAGGGUAUCAGGAAGGCUAUGAAGAAGGCAGCAAUUUGGGUAUAAUUGAAGGAAGACAACAUGGCACAUUACACGGAGCUAAAAUUGGAUCUGAGAUCGGGUGCUACCAAGGUUUUGCCUUUGCCUGGAGAUGUCUCCUGCACAGUAGUGCCACUGAGAGAGACAGCAAAAAGAUGAAAGUCGUAGAAUCGCUGAUCGGAAUGAUUCAGAAAUUCCCCUAUGAUGACCCUACUUAUGAUAAACUUCACGAAGACUUAGACAGAAUUAGAGGGAAAUUUAAACAGCUUUGUUCAUUACUAAACGUUCAGCCGGACUUUAAAAUUAGUGCACAAGGUUCUGGACUUUCAUUCUGAGGAUGACAGAUGAACAAAGACGAAACAUCAAGGAACAGAUGUCCGUAUGUUAAGUGUUUAAAAAUGUGAUUAAAGGCAAAAUGAUGGGGUAUUCAUUGUCCUGUAGGGAGGGUUCCAGUUUGGCCAGUGAAAGGACUUCCUCCCCCAAGGUCUGCCUCUGUCGCCUCGGUGCCCCCACGGGGCCCUGAACAUAGCCCGGCCUUUUUGGCCCCUGUCUGCACUGCUGUCUGAGUGAGUCCCUGGCAGAGCGCUCACAAGGCCGCUCACUGCUGGUCCGUAGUCUGUUGGCCUCACCACUCCUCCAGCUGGACAGGCCUUGCUGCUUCUAGACUGGGGUUGGCUCUGGGUAGGAUUGCCCCCAAGCCUGGACUCUGCUCAGAGGAACAGUUUUUUAAAAAAAGAGUGAUGGGAUUGACAUGAAAUAAGUUAAUGGCAAGUAAUGACAAGCACUGUGACAUCUGUUGAACUUGAAGACACGCCAGGUCUGUGUGCUGGGCUUCCCAUGUUUUAUUUAAUCCCUUCAGUAGCCCAUGAGGUAGGUGUUAUUCCCGUUUUACAGAUGAGGAAACUGAGGCCCACGGGGACUGUCUGGUCCAAGGGCACCAGGCAGCAGGGCUGGGGCUCUGAUGCCAGCGCCCGUCUCACCACUGCCUUGUGCUGCCCGCUCUGGAAUGUGUAGUUGCACCCACAGUUGGGACCCCUGCCCUCAGGUCCAGAUGGCAGGUCCCCGCUGUGCUCCCUGGAGCUCUGGGGAGUCCACUGUGGCCAGUGGACGUGGGCAUCUGGCUGAGAGGAUGAGAGGCCAGCCCGGUCCCGAGGGAGCCUGGACACGCUCUUCACUCUGUCUUCAGAUGGGCGUGGGGCUUUGCUGCAUUAAAAAUGGUUAAGGGGGCAAAUACUGUAGACUAAAGACUGAACGUCAGGCUACCAUUGUAUGUGCAGACUCUGCUGGAGCCGCGCAUUGAGGACUCUGCGUCCUUCCUUGGAGUGUGAGUUCUUUCAUCUCUCAGCCCUCACAAGUGUGCCGAGGGAGAGAAAGAGCUGUCCGUUGUUGAGGGACGGGACUUGGGCUUUGUCCUGGCACGCUGUUUCAGGUGUGUGUCCCGCUGUGGAGGUUCCUCAUCUGCACCCCUCAGUUCUGGGGGAGUCCGUGUGCCGGGUGCUCUGCCUCAGACACGGCGCCUGUGCCACAGCUGGCUCCGGGAGCCACUGAGGCCAGCAGCGCUCUCGAGGCGGGGGCUUGAGGGGCUUUGGUUGUCUUCCUUGUGUUUCCUAAGUUACCUGUUUUGAUCAUGUAUUAUUUUUAUAAUUGGAGAAAAAAAUAAAUAGCCUGUUUUCCAGCAGAAGGCUGUGCGGGACCAUGGAUAGUGUGACGUCCAGCCAGCUCAUUCCUUGCUCUAAGGGGUCUGGGGUCUGAGUGCAAAGGAAGGCGUGCGUAGAUCGGGCAGCACCGUGCAGCUGUCUGUUGCCUUUCUGUCCGCAUGUUUCAUUAACACGUGUAGAAACCGUUACUGAGAGAGAACGGUUGCCCAGGAUGUUCAGGAAAGGGUCGGUUCCUGCUGACCUUGGCCCAGCCACCUGCCAGCGCUUAUUACUAAUCCUUCCUGCCCCACACUCCCUCACUGUCUCUCUCAGCCUCGCCCAUGGCAGGUGUUAGUCGGAGCAGCAGGCAGCCACUUCCUCUUCUGCUCUCCGUCCCAUGGGGCCAGCUGCCUCGCUGAUCUCUUCUUCGGGGCCCUGGACGCUGGACUUGACCAGUGCCCGCCCAGCUCCUUGGAGGACUUGACCCAGUUUCUGAGAACCCUUGGUCGCCCCAGACGGACCCGUGGAUUAUUGUGCACACAAAGCCCGCCUUCACAGUCACUGCCCACUCCCUGGUCGUGCUGUCUGCAGCGACCGGUCCAGGAAUGAGCACGGCUCCUCUCUGGCCGAUGAGAUGGUAGUGGAAGUCUUCCGGGGAAGGGCACCUCACUCCUGAGAGAAGUAUCUGUUUGGGAAGUUGUCCCAUGGGGCUGUGGCACCUGGAAUUACUACAGGCAACUUGUACCUCGGCUACAGAUGCAGCCGCGCCUGGGCAUGGCAGAGCAGAGAGCUGGAGAGGACCGGGCCCUGAGACAUCUCCGGGCAGCUGGGCUAGCCAGCCCCUGAGCCGCGAUGCUUACGGCCUCCACGUUCUAGGAGCUGGUAGAUGUCCUGGUUGGUCAGGGCCGUGUGGGUUGGGUUUCUGUCAUUUGCAGGUGAAGGUAUCCUGCUUGCCCUAUUCCCCGUCCCAUGCUGUCCCCUACUUCUCUGGGAUGGUGACCCCUGUCCAGACUGGCCUUGAGUCCCAGAGCUCUGUGGGUUGGACUUCCUCCCUUCCCAAGGCUUUGCCUUACUCCCUGCUUCCUCUUGGAAACUCCCAGCAUAUUUUGUGCCACUUAUGUGGCUAGGGCCACCAUAACCAAUACCACAGACUGUGCAGUUUACACAACAGACGUUUAUUUUCUCACGGUUCUGGAGGCUAGAAGGCAGAGAUCUGGGUGCGGGCAGGGCUGGUUCCUCCUGAGGCCUCUCUCCUUGGCGUGUAGACGGCUGUCUCCUCCCUGUGUCCUCACAUGGUCGUCCUUCUGUGUGUGUCUGCGUCCUGAUCUCCUCUUCUCAUAAGGACACCGGUCACACUGGAUUAGGGCCCACCCUCGUGACCUCAUCUUACCUUGAUCACCUCUGUGGAGACCCCAUCUCCGAAUACAGUCACAUUCUGAGUGCUGGGGGUCAGGACUCCAACACAGGAAUUUGGGGGACACAAUUCAGCCCGUCACAGCCACCUGUCUGGCUGUCUGGACAGACUGUGAGCUGAGGACUAGGAGAGAAGAAAGCCAUUUUACUUAAAAGUUGAAGU